GGGGGGCGGGGACGCGGACCAUGGCGGCCGCGCCGCCGCUCCGGGACCGCCUGAGCUUCCUGCACCGGCUCCCUAUUCUCCUGAAGGGGACGUCCGACGAUGACAGCCCGUGCCCUGGUUACCUGUUUGAAGAGAUUGCGAAAAUCUCCCACGAGUCCCUGGGCAGCAGCCAAUGCCUGCUGGAGUAUCUCCUGAAACGCCUGGACAGCAGCUCUGGCCACGUGAAACUCAAGGUGCUGAAGAUCUUGCUCUACCUGUGUGGCCACGGCUCCUCCUCUUUCCUCCUCAUCCUCAAACGCAACUCUGCCUUCAUCCAAGAAGCCACAGUGUUUGCGGGACCCCCAGACCCUCUCCAUGGGAACAGCCUGUACCAGAAGGUGCGGGCAGCCGCCCAGGACCUGGGUAGCACCUUGUUCUCUGAUGCCCUGCUGCCGCCCCCACCCUCCCAGACACCCAGGGCCCCUCCUCCAGCAGGCAUGGGCUCCCAGGCCAGGUCUCACGGCGCCCUCCAGGGCUUCGGCUACAGCCAGGAGCCCGGCCGAGCAGGCUCUGCAGGCGAAGCCCUCCUGGCCACCGUCCAGAGGGCUGCCGAGGUGGUGGCCAAAGCCGUGCGCCCUGGGCCUGAGCUUGUGGCCGCGCAGAGACCUCUGCCCCGGGGCGACGCCUACCAGCCCGCCACGCCGCCUCCCGCCGGCCACCGCCACCUCGCCGCCCGGAGCCUGCUGCCCGGGGCUCGAGCUGUGAGGCACCAGCCUGGGCUGGCCGGAGGGGGCUGGGAGGAGCUGGACAGCAGCCCCAGCUCGCGGGACUCCUCCCGGGCCAGCGACCGGAGCAGGGCCUCCGACUCGGGCAGCCGCCGUGGCAGCGACAGCCUCUCUGCGGGCGGCCGGGAGCCGGGCAGCCCGGCGGAACGGGCCGAGGCCGAGGCCCCGGGCGACCGCCAGCCGGAGCUGAGCCUGGUGAGGAGCGUGGCUCGGGGGCCUCGGGCCUUCCUGAGCCGGGAGGAGACGCAGCGCUUCACCCGACAGUGUGGCCUGCUCAACUGCGAGGUGGUGCUGGAGCUGCUCCUCUGCCAGCUGGGCCGGGCUGGCGAGGACGAGCAGAUGCGGGCCCUGUGCGCGGUGGCCGCCCUGGCCGGCGCCGACCUCCUGCCCCAGGAGCGCGUCCUCCUCCUCUCCCGGCCGCGCCUGCAGCAGCUCAGCGCCGCCAGCCCGGGGCCCCUCACCAGCAAGGCCACCAAGAUCCUGCGGCACCUGGAGGCCGCCUGCGGCCCGCGCCCCCCCGCCCCGCGCCCCCCCGCCCCGGCGCGCCGCCCCUCGGCCGCUGUCCCCAGCCUGUGUGACCUGCUGACCGACCCCGCGCCCCCGCCGGGGGGCCCUGCGUUCCUCCAGCCCCUGGGCUCUGCCCCAGCCUUGCCUCACAGCCCUGCGCCCACCCCAGCCGCGGGCCCCUGCCUCCCCCCCGGCCCCGGGGCCCCAGGCACGGCCCAGAGCCCUCCCGGCCGGUGCCCGAGGAGCCACGGCUCCUUGUUCGCUGGCAUGGAGCUGGUGGCCCGGCCCCAUCUGGGGGGGUCUGCGGCGGCCGUGGAGGAGCCGGGCCAGGCCCCCAGUUCCCCGCAGACGGCAGCCCCGGAGCGCCCAGGCCCAGAGCCGUCAGCUUUCCCGUUCCUAAACGUGUGACGCGGGGAUCUCAUUGUGCGCGUGCACCGGCCCCGUGCCUGGGCCACUCCCCAGACCCCUCCCGCUGGCCCCUUGCCGGGGGCUCCCCCCCCCGCCCCC